AUUGUUCCCUUGGCUUGCUUCUCACUGGGCCAAUCCCUUUUUAAAACGCCAAAAUUCUUAUUCUCUUCACGCACAAACACCAACGCCAACCUCCCACACUUUCCCCCUUCUCUCUCCAUUCAUUUCCACUUUUCAUCCAAACAAACUCCUCCUUCUCCUUCGUUUUCGCUUUCGCUCGAAGAAUCUACUGUCCUCUAUCUUCUACGGCGCAGGAAACUCGUCAGUUACUGCCGAUCGUCGAUUCUACUUAUGGGUGCGGGAGAGGACACGGGAGCGGAGGUGAGAAGAAUUACUCUAACGAAACCAGUGUCUUUGGAGGCAGGAUCAGAUGCAGCCGAUUAUAGAGCUCCUAAUUUGCUACAACGCAUCCUAAGCCUCUUUAAAGAUGUACGGCCAGGAUCAGAUCUAUCUCAAUUCAAGGUGCCCCCACAGUUCAACAUGCCAAAAUCCCAACUUCAGUGUUAUGGUGAAUCUUUGUAUUGCUUCAAUGAAGACAUGUUAAAGAAGUGCAACAAUGGGAAGAACCCAAUAGACAGAUUUGUGGCUGUGGUAGCAUGGAAUGUUUCUAAUCUUCGUCCUUUAACUUUUGGUAUUUCUCCUUUCAACCCAAUUCUUGGGGAGACUCAUCAUGCUACAUCAGGCUCCCUAAAUGUUCUACUUGAGCAGAUUUCACAUCAUCCACCAGUGAGUGCCCUCCAUGCUACCGAUGAAAAGGAAAAUCUGGAGAUGAUAUGGUGUCAUCAGCCUAUUGCCAAAUUCUAUGGUACAUCUUUGGAGGUGGAAGUAAGUGGCAAGAGAGAGCUGAGACUUUUAAAUCAUAGAGAAACUUAUGUUAUGAAUGCCCCAAAUCUCACGUUCAAAUUCCUUCCAACACCUGGGGCUGAAUGGAGUGGUACUAUAAGAAUUGUAUGCCAAGACAGUGGUCUUGAAGCUGAGUUACGUUUUAAAGGUCUUUCUUUCUUUGGAUUUGGAGGGAAUGCUAGAUCGAUCAAAGGAAAGAUUUUAGAUAGGUCAUCAUCAAAGACUCUUUACGAGAUAAAUGGUCAAUGGGACAGAAAUGUCACGGUAAAGAACAUGGAGAGCGGUGAAGUUACAGUCAUAUACAACGCAAAAGAAAACAUUUGGAGGCUGAGAACUCCUAUAGUUCAAGACCUAAAGAAUGUGUUGCCAAGUGAAUCAGCAGUGGUAUGGAGUGAGGUGAGCCAAGGCAUUCUGAGCAAAGACUGGGAGGCAGCAAAAAGAGCAAAGAGAGCCCUGGAGGACAAACAAAGGGAGCUUGCAAGAGAAAGGGCAUCCAGAGGUGAGACUUGGGUUCCCAAGCAUUUUACUUUUUCUUAUACUAAAGAAGGUGGGUGGGACUGCACACCUAUCCACAAAUCUGUCCCUCCAUCCCCCAUUGUUGUACCCACAUAGCAUAUUCCUUUCCUCUCCAUUUUUGUGUACAAUAACAAAACUCCAUAGUUUGUUAUAUUGUAAGUGUUAUGGAGGAGUUAUAUAAUGAUCAAGAAAAAAUAACAUCAAGCUGUUAGAAAAUCA